GCAAGUCGUCUUUUGCUCUCUUGCUAACGCGUACGUGCGCUGCCCCCGUGCACCGGCCAAGCAGCGGCGCUUUUGCGGGCCCAUAUCGCAGCUCUGACAGGAGCCCCGCUCCGCAACGACAUUGUGCAAAGUUGCUGCUCAGGUCACACUCCCCAAAAAGCCAAUGGCCCAAGAACCGCCCGAGCCGCCGGUGCUCAGGUUCGGCGCGCGCGGCCUCGUUGUGGAAUUCGUGCCGCCGAAGACUGCCGUGAAUGCCGCUAUAUACCUCCACGUCGAGGGCGGCGCCAAACUCUACUAUUGUCCCGCCGCCAAAAGCUUUGUUGCAGACGGUGCGUCCAACAAGAUGCCGGAAGUAGGUCGUCGUAAGGAGAAGAUCAUCGUCGACAAGGGACUCGGCGAAGGCAAGGUCAGCGCGACGAUUUGUUAUCGGGCCGCGAACGAGAUGGGCUGCGGGCCCGAAAGUCCGCACAGCAACACGUGCCACCUCGCGCGCCCCGCGAAGCCGUGCGCGCCACAAGUGACGCCUGUUGGGAAGGACCAAGUCCAUGUCGAAUUUGCUCUGCCCGCCCUGAGCUCCAAAGCCUCCGUGAAGGUCGAGGAGGGCGAGGAGGGCGAAAAAAAAACUAUCUAUCGCGUCGAACGGCCCCAGCGUAAGAGGGCGGAGCUGCCAGGUAAGGGCAACUCACCCUACGUCGUGGAGUUGCAGAUUCCCGCGGGCGCCAAGGUAGGCGAUACGGUUCGGGCGGAAAGUAUGCCAACACGCGGCACGGUUCUGAACAUGAAAUUAAAGCAGGAACACCUCAGUGGCGUUCUAGUUAAGGGACUGUCGAGCCCGCUCAAUACCUGCGAAGAAGCCGACGAGUUCGGACAAGGCAGCCUCCGGUUGACUUUACCCGCCAGUGAAGUCGAGUACCACAUAAGUGUGGCGGCAUCUAAUGGAAUAGCCUGGUCGGGUUUUGGGGAUGCGACGAUUGUGAGAUUGGCCAACCACUUUCCGAAAGCACCGUGUGCGCCUACCCUAACAGAGAUUGGGGAAGAUAGGGUCCGCGUCAAUUUCACGCGCCCUCCCGAUGUUUUUUUCCCGGCCAAAAUGAAAGUCGUGAUGCGCGUCGUCCCCGGGGGUCCGGUCCUCUACUACAACGGCGACGGCGGACUCAUUUGCACGACCGACGCCAAUUUCAACGAAAAGACUUGUCAACUGGACUCAGCGAGGGUGAAAAGCUGUGUCGUCGGAGGUUUGGCCCCGAACACCGAGUACGAGGUCAACGUCCUGUCGGUCAACGACGUCGGCGAGGGCCCCGCGUCAGCUCCGACGCGGUUCAAGACGCUGCCGAGCGAUGUUGAGAUCACUGGAGUCCAGACGCAAGACGAGCGCGACGAGGAGGCGAAGAAGCAUGCGGUCGACGUCGACGCCGCCGACGAGCCGGCGGCCAAGCGCGCGAAGUCUGAGUCGUAGGCUAGGAUGUGCU